GACAGAUAUCUCCAUGUCAAUUAAAUGCCAGGGUGAUGAAAAGGACAUAAGCAAGUGCCACAUCUCAAUGGGUUCAUGUCCAAGUCAGCAAUACAUGUCUGUCUCCUGUAGCACAACUCCUAAUGAUAUUGAUGACACUUCUUCAACCCAUUCAAGCAAUACACCAGUAGAUGGCGGGAUUACAGAAGCCCAAGCUCAGAGCACGGUCAAUGCUGCUGCCAUUGCUGUUCCAAUCAUUGUGAUCCUGUUGGUGGCAUCUGUUUCCGUUGUGGUUAUGUACAAGUUCCACCAGCGCCGAAAAGCUAUACCCCAUCAGCGCUUUGACAUGGGAGUUGUUGAAGGUAGUCCCUAUACUCUGUCCGACACAAGCCAGUACAUGACUGGAGCAUCUGAGAUCACCCUUGGCAGUGAUGGUAGUGCCCAUUACACAAACCAAAGCAAUGGACAAACUCAAAGUAAUGGGGACGAUGGCUAUGCAAACCCCUGCUUUAAUGUGGUAGAGCAAGCUGAUAGCAGUAAGCAAAUGGACAAAAAUGGAGUAUAUUAAAUUUCCGUAACAGGAAAUGCUGGGUGUGAACUGUUGACAUGUUGUAAUGGCUGUCAGCACAAUGUUGAUUGCCUUGUCUACUCAAAAAUAAGCAUGUGAUAUGAUAGGUAAAGAAAUCCACAAACACACAGUUAUCUGUAAAAAUUAAGAUUAAUAGAAUGAGCAUAAAGGAUUCUUGUAGGUUUUUUUUUUGUGCUUUGUAUUUAAAUUAUAUCAGUUUGAUCAGUAGACAAAUACACACAUCACUUUGUCACUGAUUAGUUUAGUGUUUAGGUUAGGCGUCACAUGCUGACACACACUAUGAGACAGGAAAAAGUAGUGUUUAUUUAGUACAUACAGUACAAGCAUAAUUCAAACCCUCUGCAUAAAUGUAUGAAAGUGUGAGUUGAGUUGUGUACAGUUUUCUAGGUGUCUUUCAAAUUUGGACCUCAUACAAUAGGUAUAUAUGCUUCUGGAAUGUACAUGUUCUGUGUGUGGAAGGGGGGACAGGGAGGCCAUCAAUUGACGCCAAUCCUUUAUCAAUAGUGUUAAGGUAGUAUCUUAACAAAUGUACGAAAAAUCUAUUGCAGCAUGUUGCAUACAAACAUGAUGUUGGCUACAAUAAAACAUCAUUUGCAGGCUACCACAAAAUGUAAAGCAUCAAGAGAAGUAAAAUGAUUUUUUCAGGAUAUAUUUUUUACUGAAU